AUGGCUCAGGCAAUCAAGAGCUCUCUGCCUUCGCACCUGAAGGCGUCCCUUGGCGUUGGUCAAGACGGCGAUGCCGCUGGUCGUCACCACGGCAAGACACGAUCUCACAUGGCCUUCGAGAAUGCCUCGACAAAUGUUGCUGCUGCGCAGAUGCGCAAUGCGUUGACCGACCUCGCAAGCACCGUCAAGAACCCCGAGGAGAAGAAGCUGUUCGAGACUGAAAUGGACAAUUUCUUUGCCCUCUUCCGCCGGUAUCUGAACGACAAGUCAAAGGGCACCGCUGUCGACUGGGACCGUAUUGCCCCUCCUGCUGAGGGUCAGGUCGUCGACUAUGAGGACCUUGCCAACUCCGAGUCCGUCAACUUCCUCAACAAGCUCGCCGUCCUCAAGCUCAACGGUGGUCUCGGUACCUCCAUGGGUUGUGUUGGUCCUAAGUCCGUUAUUGAGGUUCGUGAUGGCAUGUCCUUCUUGGAUCUUUCAGUGCGCCAGGUUGAAUACCUCAACCGAACCUACAACACCAACGUGCCUUUCAUCCUCAUGAACUCGUUCAACACCAACGAUGACACUGCUGCUAUCAUCAAGAAGUACGAGGGUCACAACGUCGAUAUCUUGACCUUUAACCAGUCGAGAUACCCCAGAAUCUUGAAGGACUCUCUUCUGCCCGCCCCGAAAAGCUUCGACUCCCAGAUCUCUGACUGGUACCCUCCUGGUCACGGUGAUGUUUUCGAGUCCCUGUACAACUCUGGUGUCCUCGACACCCUCAUCGAGCGUGGCAUCGAGUACAUCUUCCUGUCCAACGUUGACAACUUGGGUGCUGUUGUUGAUCUGCGCAUCCUGCAGCACAUGGUCGAGUCGGGUGCUGAGUACGUCAUGGAGCUGACGAACAAGACCAAGGCCGAUGUCAAGGGUGGUACCAUCAUCGACUACGAGGGCUCCGUUCGUCUCCUCGAGAUUGCCCAGGUCCCCAAGGAGCACGUCAACGAGUUCAAGUCGAUCAAGAAGUUCAAGUACUUCAACACCAACAACAUCUGGAUGAACGUGAAGGCCAUUAAGCGUGUCGUCGAGAACGACGAGCUCGAGAUGGAGAUCAUCCCCAACGGAAAGUCCAUCCCUGGUGACAAGAAGGGCGAGUCUGAUGUCUCCGUCCUUCAGCUCGAGACCGCUGUCGGCGCUGCCAUCCGCCACUUCAAGAACGCACACGGUGUCAAUGUGCCGCGUCGCCGCUUCUUGCCUGUCAAGACUUGCUCGGAUCUUCUCCUCGUCAAGUCUGACCUGUACUCGCUCAAGCACGGUCAGCUGCAAAUGAGCGCCAGCCGCUUCGGUGACGCUCCUUUGAUCAAGCUUGGUGGUGACUUCAAGAAGGUUUCAGACUUCCAAAAGCACAUUCCCUCCAUCCCAAAGAUUGUCGAGUUGGACCAUCUUACCAUCACGGGUAACGUUAACCUUGGCCGUGGUGUCGUACUGAAGGGCACCGUCAUCAUUGUGGCAACGGAAGGUUCCACCAUUGACGUGCCCCCGGGAUCUAUCCUUGAGAAUGUUGUUGUCCAGGGUAGCUUGCGCCUGCUUGAGCACUAG